AUGAUAAGUGAUAACAAAGAGAAAAUGGAGUUUAGCACGGAGCUCACGCAAAUGACGAAUCCAAGAACAAUGGAAAAAGAGAGUGUUGAAAAUGGCAAUGAUGGCGCUUCAAGUUACACUUCUCAGAUGAGUUUAAGUAGGGAAAACAUCACUAAAUAUUUUUACAUGCUAAUUAAACAAGCAACAAUGGAGUUGAAUGUUGGAACUACAUUGUUGAAGAAACAUUGUAGAGACUUGGGCAAUCGUCGGUGGCCUCGUCGUAAACUUAUGAGGCUACAAACUCUUAUUAACAAUGUCAAGUGUUCCAUUAACAUUAUGCAACAGGAAUUGAGUAAGGAGUCUGACGAUGGAGUAGAAAAAAAGAUGAAGGAAGUAAUACUGGUACUGUAA